GAUCCGCUCGGCGCCGAGGAGCUUUAAUGGGAGCAGCAACUGGACUCCUCAUCAGACUCUAACAGCACAACAGCGUGCAGCUCCAUCACUCAACGCGAGGCAAGAAGCAGGCUUGACUUCCAGCGCCGACGGCUGCAGCCAUGUCCUCUGAGGAGAAGCAGGUAGAGGUGCGGCUGGUGUUCAUGGGCGCCGCCGGAGUGGGGAAGACGGCCAUCAUCCAGCGCUUCCUCAAAGACUCCUUUGAGCCCAAGCACCGGCGCACGGUGGAGGAGCUCCACAGGAAGGAGUACGAGGUGGGCGGCGUCAAAGUCACCAUCAACAUCAUGGACACCAGCGGCAGCUACUCCUUCCCGGCCAUGAGGAAGCUCUCCAUCCAAAACAGCCACGCCUUCGCCCUGGUGUACGCCGUGGACGACCCCGAGUCCCUGGACGCCGUCAAGAGGCUGCGCGAGGAGAUCCUGGAGGUCAAGGAGGAAAAGUACACGCCCAUCGUCGUCAUAGGCAACAAGAUCGACCGCCGGGAGCAGCGGCGGGUGUCCAGCGAGGACGUGCUGUCCACGGUGGCGCUGGACUGGAACCACAGCUUCCUGGAGUCCUCGGCCAAAGACAACAUCAACGUGCUGGAGGCGUUCAGGGAGCUGCUGCAGCAGGCCAACCUGCCCAGCAGGCUCGGCCCGGCGCCGUGCCGGCGGCGGGAGACCAUCCCCGCGCAGAGCGAGCGCCGGCCGCCCAUGAACAAGGCCAACAGCUGCCUCAUCUCGUAGGCGCGGCCCGCGGGCGCCGCGGGGGUCCACGAAGGGGCCGCGAAGUGCUCGGCCGAGGGUUGGAGACGGAGCGGACGGCGGGAGGUCCCACCGGUCGCACCAGCGCCGGAGGCUGUGACUGAGACCCACAAUGUGAAUCACAAAGUUGAACAAACGGUGCUCAGAGUGACAACCUGAGCACACGCGACUUACUGUGAAGGUCAAAGGUGACGGUUCGCUUCAUGAGCUCAGCUUUUCUGUGCCACAUGUUUACUUCUUGGCUUUUGUCUCACUGGUGAUGAGAAAAGUUGUGUAGCUGUGAUGUUGUGGGUAUUUACACCAAGGCUGGUGUGUUUUAAUGCUUUUUAUGAAGUCCAUUCAUGUUAAAGGGAGGUUUUAUCAACUGAAGGUGUCAUUUUUACAUGUUUUCUCCUCUGUAAUAAAACAAAUAUAUAAUAAACUCCACUUUCACAAAUCG